AUGGCUGAUUCUCUUACCGAAGACCAGGUCGCCGAGUUCAAGGAGGCUUUCUCUCUCUUUGACAAGGACGGUGAUGGCCAGAUCACUACCAAGGAGCUCGGGACUGUCAUGCGCUCUCUUGGCCAGAACCCUUCCGAGUCGGAGCUUCAGGAUAUGAUCAACGAGGUCGAUGCCGACAACAACGGCACCAUUGAUUUCCCUGAAUUCCUCACCAUGAUGGCUCGCAAGAUGAAGGAUACUGAUUCUGAAGAGGAAAUCAUGGAAGCUUUCAAGGUCUUUGACCGCGACAACAACGGCUUCAUUUCUGCUGCCGAGCUACGUCACGUUAUGACUUCCAUUGGCGAGAAGCUCACCGACGAUGAAGUUGACGAGAUGAUCCGCGAGGCCGAUCAGGACGGUGAUGGCCGUAUUGACUAUAACGAGUUCGUCCAGCUCAUGAUGCAAAAAUAA